ACGACUUUGAUCACUUGAGCCAAUUGUCUCUCGAUCCUUCUCUCUGGACGAGACUAGAAGCUAUCGCGCGUAGAUGCAUGGUCGAGUUUGUCCUGUAUGUCGCGAGCGUGAGGCGACGUGCAAUAAAAUUCCUCCAACGAAGUUUCGACCAGUUAAUUGGGGUAGGCAAUCAACGACUGUACGCCCGACGUCUUCCACACACAUAUCAGUCACCAAAUUUAAUCGACGACGACUUUCCUGUCCAUUAUACUACUGUCAAAGUUGCAUUCGAAAUUAAGGUCAUGCCGAUGUCCAAAAUAAUCUGUAUUUAUUUGUGACUAUCCAACUAUGUAUAUCUCAGUCUUCACGCGCUGCAGUUCAACCUAACACACCCUUAAUAUAGCAGCGUGGUGCUGCGGUGCUGCCUACAAAUCGCCGACGGCUGCAAAAACACCUGAAAAUCGAUAUGAUGCUAGCUUUCAGCAUGUCCAUCGCCGGUUUCCUGCUCCUCGUAGUCAUCGUAGCAGCUGCUUCCUCUUCCUUCACCGGCGUCCACGCGGGCGCCGCCUGUGCGCCCAAGGAGAGGGACGCCCUCCUGGCGUUCAAGCAAGGCAUCACCAGCGACCCCGGGGGCCUCCUGGCGUCAUGGCAGCCAGAAGAUGAGCAUGACUGCUGCCAAUGGGGAGGAGUCCAGUGCAGCAACCUUACGGGCCAUGUCCUCGAGCUGCACCUCGGAGGCGGAGGUCUGACCAGAGAGAUAAGUCGUUCUCUACUCUCCUUGCAGCAUCUUGAAUAUGUCAAUGUCAGCAUGAACAGCCUCCAGGGGCCGACCGGCCAAGUCCCAGAGUUCCUGGGAUCUUUCAAGAACCUAAGAUAUCUUAACCUCUCUAACAUACCGUUUUCCGGUAGGGUGCCUCCUCAGCUUGGCAACCUCUCAAAGCUGCAGUAUCUUGAUCUUUCAAACACUGGUUUGCAGGAGCAGUACAUGUACUCUACUGAUCUCUCGUGGUUAACACACCUACCUUUGUUGCAGUACCUCAAUAUGGGGUCGGUAAAUCUUGGCAUGGUAACUGACUGGCCGUAUGUGGUGAAUAUGUUGCCUUCUUUGAGGGUCCUUAUUCUCGAUGAUUGCUCGCUAACAAGUGCAAACCAAAAGCUCCCACGCCUUAACCUUACAAACCUUGAGGAGCUCGAUUUCUCCUGGAAUAGCUUUCACCACCCAGUUGCAUCUUGUUGGUAUUGGAACCUAACAAGCCUAGUGUACCUCUCCCUCGCGGGAACUGAGCUGUACGGACAACUUCCAAGUACGCUGGGAGACAUGGUAUCCCUUCAAGUACUAGAGUUGUCAUAUAAUAGUAAUAAUAACUUGAGCAUGACGACGACAAACUUGAAGAACCUAUGCAACUUGACUGUUCUAGCUCUUGAUGCAUCUCUUUCAUAUGGAAAUAUAACAGAGUUGAUUGAGAGGUUGCCGCAGUGUUCAUCAAACAAGUUGCAGGAGUUGCAUCUACAGUCAAACUACCUGGUAGGGUUCCUACCAAGCAACAUGGGGCACUUGGCCAGUAUAGUCACUCUUGUUCUCAGUGGUAACAACAUUACUGGACCUCUCCCAGCAUUUAUAGGGCAUUUUGCACAUUUGAGGACCCUUGACCUCUCUGCAAACCACCUCACUGGACAUGUGCCAUCUGAAACGAGGCAAUGAC